AGAGAUUUGCUUUGUCACAAUUAAAGAAUUGUCCAUCUAAUUCCAAUACAAGGACAGCCAUCCCAUACUUUUUCUCUAACAUUGCGUUCUCAGGAGGAGAAGAAAAUCUCUUCUUCCUUCUGAGAUAUUGGAAAUAAAGGGAGGAAAAAGCUUCAUAUCAUUCUUGCAGAAGGUCCUCCAAUGGAGAUCAAGAAGUUCAGUGCUCUUCUUUCUGUUCUUAUAUUGGCUUCAUUGAUGUUUGUUUCAUCUACAGCUGAUGGGCAUAGAAAGUUGAUUGGAAAACCUCCAGGAUCUUCAACACAGGAGUUCUCUAAGAAACCUUUUGAAGAAGUAGUUCUUGUUCUCCAUCACAGAAUUCUUGGAGUCACAACCAAUGACUAUGAAAACUAUGAACCAACACCAUCACUUUCCAAGCCUCCAUUCAAGCUCAUUCCCAACUGAAGGAUUCAUUUAGGCUUUGUUUGGGGCGGCUUUCUUACUACUUUUUAAAACAUCUUUCUAGUACACAAAUUUUUAUUUUUAUACUAAAAAACUGUUUUAAGAAGCAGUAAGAAAGCCGUCCCAAAUGAAGCCUUAACAAAAACAACAAUACAUUGGAACUGUGCUUUGAUCUCCUCAAAUUUCAAGGGGGUGUAUUCUUAUAUCAUUACUUAUCAUACUGCUAAUAGCUUUUUCAUUGUAAUGGGGAAAUACAGUUGCAGAUAUCAAAAUAUUGUGCAAUAUACUAGUAACACGAUUGUAAUGUUCUGUGACCAAAUUGUAAAUAUAUUCCAUCAAGUUUUUAUAGUUUGUUUAA